GGCAGUGGGAGGGGGAGGUACCUGGAACUGGGAGUGAUGUCAGCUCCCAGCUCGGUGCCUGCCCGGAUUCCUGACAUGGUGUAGUGCAGGCAGGGUGGGGAAGGGACGGGGAAGGACUCGUGUGCUGCGAGCCGGAGGCCGGGCCGGAGUGCUGGGGCUUUGAACUCCGAGAGGAGGUGGACCAGAACUUUUGGAACUAGUGCCGGUGGCUCUCCACCCCCCCAGUAUAAAAGAACGUGUGGAUCACUUUGCUAAGUACAUCCAAGAUUUGAAGAACUGAAAUAUAUCAGCAUUAAACCUGCUUUUUAAAAACGCACCCUUGCAGGGUAACAGUUAACACUUCAGUGAUCUGGAUGAAGAUACAAGAGAGAUCUGGGUUGGAAUUUGCCCCCGACAAAUAAGAAAAUGAUGAGUGAUGCAAGUGACAUGUUGGCGGCGGCGUUGGAGCAGAUGGAUGGUAUCAUAGCAGGUUCUAAGGCCCUGGAAUAUUCCAAUGGGAUUUUUGAUUGCCAAUCUCCCACCUCUCCAUUCAUGGGAAGUUUGCGAGCUCUGCACCUUGUGGAAGACCUGCGUGGAUUGUUAGAGAUGAUGGAAACAGAUGAGAAAGAAGGCUUGAGAUGCCAGAUCCCAGAUUCAACAGCAGAAACGCUCAUUGAAUGGCUUCAGAGUCAAAUGGCAAAUGGACACCUACCUGGGAACGGAGAUGUGUAUCAAGAAAGGCUGGCACGUUUAGAAAACGAUAAAGAAUCCCUCGUUCUUCAGGUAAGUGUGUUAACAGACCAGGUGGAGGCUCAGGGAGAGAAGAUUCGAGAUUUGGAGUUUUGUCUUGAAGAGCACAGAGAGAAGUUGAAUGCCACAGAAGAAAUGCUGCAGCAGGAGCUUCUAAGUAGGACAUCCUUAGAAACUCAGAAGUUGGAUCUGAUGGCUGAAAUAUCUAACUUGAAGUUGAAACUGACAGCUGUAGAGAAGGACAGAUUGGACUAUGAAGAUAAGUUCAGAGACACAGAGGGGCUGAUUCAGGAGAUCAAUGAUUUGAGGUUAAAAGUUAGUGAAAUGGACAGUGAGAGACUUCAGUAUGAAAAAAAGCUUAAAUCAACCAAAUCUUUAAUGGCCAAACUUUCUAGCAUGAAAAUCAAGGUGGGUCAGAUGCAGUAUGAAAAGCAGCGGAUGGAACAAAAAUGGGAGUCACUGAAGGAUGAACUGGCAUCUUUAAAAGAACAACUAGAAGAAAAGGAAUCUGAAGUGAAAAGGCUACAAGAAAAAUUGGUUUGCAAGAUGAAAGGAGAAGGGGUUGAAAUUGUUGAUAGAGAUGAAAAUUUUAAAAAGAAGCUCAAAGAAAAAAACAUCGAAGUACAAAAAAUGAAAAAAGCCGUGGAGUCUUUGAUGGCAGCAAAUGAAGAAAAGGAUCGGAAAAUAGAAGAUCUUCGACAGUGCCUGAACAGGUACAAGAAAAUGCAAGAUACGGUGGUACUGGCCCAAGGUAAAAAAGGCAAAGAUGGAGAAUAUGAGGAUCUGCUCAAUUCCAGUUCCCUCUCCUCUUUGCUGGAUGCACAGGGUUUCAGUGAUCUGGAGAGAAGUCCAUCACCCACUCCAGUAACGGGAUCUCCCAGUCGUGACCCAUUUAACACAAGUGUUCCCGAAGAGUUCCAUACCACCAUCUCGCAAGUUUCUAUCCCUUCAUUACUGCCAGCAACUAUAAGCAUGGAAACUUCUGAAAAAUCAAAAUUGACUCCUAAGCCAGAGACUUCAUUUGAAGAAAAUGAUGGAAAGAUAAUCCUUGGUGCCACUGUUGAUACCCAACUGUGUGAUAAUCUUUUAACUUCAAGUCUGCAAAAGUCCAGCAGCCUGGGCAAUCUGAAGAAAGAGACAUCUGAUGGGGAAAAGGAAUCUAUUCAGAAGACUUCAGAGGACAGAGCUCCAGCAGAAAGCAGGCCAUUUGGGACCCUUCCUCCCAGACCCCCAGGGCAGGACACCUCCAUGGAUGACAACCCCUUCGGCACUCGAAAAGUCAGAUCCUCCUUUGGCCGGGGCUUUUUUAAAAUCAAAAGUAACAAGAGAACAGCAAGUGCACCAAACUUGGAUCGUAAACGAAGUGCCAGUGCACCCACCUUAGCUGAAACAGAAAAAGAGACAGCAGAGCACCUAGAUCUGGUUGGUGCUUCUUCUCGGCCAAAAGAUUCACAGAGGAACAGUCCCUUCCAGAUACCGCCUCCAUCUCCAGAUUCCAAAAAGAAAUCCAGAGGUAUCAUGAAACUCUUUGGAAAACUUAGGAGAAGUCAAUCAACUACAUUCAACCCAGAUGACAUGUCUGAGCCUGAAUUCAAAAGGGGAGGGACAAGGGCAACCGCGGGGCCCCGACUGGGUUGGUCUCGAGACUUGGGACAGUCUAACAGUGACUUGGAUAUGCCAUUUGCCAAGUGGACCAAGGAGCAGGUUUGCAAUUGGCUGAUGGAACAGGGCUUGGGCUCGUACCUGAAUUCUGGCAAGCACUGGAUUGCAUCUGGCCAAACGCUUUUGCAGGCUUCUCAACAAGAUCUAGAGAAGGAACUUGGAAUCAAGCAUUCACUUCAUCGAAAGAAACUCCAGCUGGCACUCCAAGCCCUGGGAUCUGAAGAAGAAACUAAUCAUGGGAAGCUGGAUUUCAACUGGGUCACUAGAUGGUUGGAUGAUAUUGGCCUCCCUCAAUAUAAGACCCAGUUUGAUGACGGACGGGUUGAUGGUCGAAUGCUACAUUACAUGACUGUUGAUGACUUACUCUCUUUGAAGGUUGUGAGUGUGCUUCACCAUCUCAGUAUCAAAAGGGCCAUCCAGGUCCUGAGGAUCAAUAACUUUGAACCAAACUGUCUACGGAGGCGGCCAUCUGAUGAGAAUACCAUCGCCCCAUCAGAAGUUCAGAAGUGGACUAACCAUCGAGUGAUGGAGUGGCUGCGCUCCGUGGACUUGGCAGAAUAUGCCCCCAAUCUCAGAGGCAGUGGUGUCCAUGGUGGGCUCAUGGUUCUAGAGCCUCGUUUUAAUGUGGAAACAAUGGCUCAGUUAUUGAACAUCCCACCCAAUAAGACUUUGCUGCGAAGACAUUUGGCCACUCAUUUCAACCUUCUGAUUGGGGCUGAGGCACAGCACCAGAAGCGAGAUGCCAUGGAGCUGCCGGAUUAUGUACUUCUAACAGCUACUGCCAAAGUGAAGCCAAAGAAACUUGCCUUUAGCAAUUUUGGGAAUUUGAGAAAGAAGAAACAGGAAGAUGGUGAAGAAUAUGUUUGUCCAAUGGAAUUGGGACAGGCAUCAGGAAGUGCAUCUAAGAAAGGAUUUAAACCUGGUUUGGAUAUGCGCCUGUAUGAGGAAGAUGAUUUGGACCGGUUAGAGCAGAUGGAAGAUUCAGAAGGGACAGUGAGACAGAUAGGUGCAUUCUCUGAAGGCAUCAACAAUCUGACGCACAUGUUAAAAGAAGAUGACAUGUUUAAAGAUUUUGCUGCCCGUUCCCCCAGUGCCAGCAUUACAGAUGAAGACUCAAACGUUUGACCGUAGCACCUGGAUGAACAUCAGGAGUGCUUAGUCUUUCUCCUACUUGCUUUUCCAAACACUCACAGUAUAUACAACAGGCAGCGGAUUGUCUAUUGUUUGUUAUUCCAACUUCUGCUGUCGAGAAGUUUAAACAGAAAGCAGGAGUAAUGUGCCGAUUCUGAAGUUGCCACAAAAAAUAAGACACUGGUAAAUGAGAGUAUAAUUGUUUUUCUUCUAUUUAAUGUAAAAAUCUGUGAUAUAUUAUAUUUAAAGUGUUGCAUUUAAGAUGAGUAUUUUAUCAGAGUGUUUCCAUUCACAUCCGCAGUAUGGAGGACUUGGGGGACAGUAACCAGGAUGUGAAUGAUUUUGUUACAUCAGUGUUCACUGUAGCCACCUAAGUAGGACAUUAUAUGAUUUCAGAAUCAAUAUGUGGAACUUCUUUAAGCAUUCAGUGUGCCCACUAAAUGCCAGCCACACCUCCACUUGCCUCUUAUUGUCUUAUUUUUAUAUAUUUUUCUAAAUAUAUGUAUAUAUACAGUACAUAGAAAAUAGAACUUUUAUUUUGUGACCUAAGGACGAUGGUGAAAAGAUCACGUUUUCAAAACAAUCUGGUGAUCAGAAUGUUCAUAUACCAGCUGGUUUCUGAAGAGGUCAGAAUGAUCUUUCUCCAUACUGACUUUUAACAAUGUUGAUCAUUGAGGCUAAAUUAAUAUAUAUGACAUAUUCCUUUUUGAUGACACCACAAAAUUGUUGAACAGUUUAAGAAUUUCAACCUUAAUCUUGGAUCCCUUUACCUCAUAUGGAAGAACUUGAGGGACAUUAGUAUACUUUUUUUUAAGAUGAAGUCUCGCUCUGUCGCCCAGGUUGGAGUGCCAUGGCAUGAUCUUGGCUCACUGCAACCUCCACCUCCUGGGUUCAAGCUAUUCUUCUGCUUCAGCCCCAAGUAGGUGGGACUCCAGGCACGCACCACCAUGCCUGGCUAAUUUUUGUAUUUUUAGUAGAGAUGGGGUUUCACCGUAUUGGCCAGGCUAGGACUCGAACUCCUGACCUUGUGAUCUGCCCGCCUCAGCCUCCCAAAGUACUGGGAUUACAGGCAUGAGCCACCACGCCCAGCCUGUUAUUUUUUAUUUUUUAUUUUUUAGUGACAGAGUCUCGUUCUGUUGCCCAUGCUGGAGUGCAGUGGCGUGAUCAUAGCUCACUGCAGCCUUGAAUUCCUAGGCUCCAGUGAUCCUCUCACCUCAGCUUCCCCAAUAGCUAGGAUUACAGGUGUGUGGCCUCCCACCCCACCCCACCCUUCACACCUGGCUGAUUUUUCAAAAAAUUUUUUUGUAGAAACAGGAUCUCACCAUGUUGUCCAGCCUGGUCUCAAACUCCUGUCCUCAAGUGAUCCUCCCGCCUCAGCCUUUCAAAGUGCUGGGAUUACAGGUGUGAGCCACUCUGCCUGGCCUACCACCAACUUGAAUACAUUCAGAGUCACCUCCUCUCCCCAAAAUUUGUAGAAAUAGUUUUUGAGGAAACCAAAAGCAAAGCAGAAACCUUGACAGUAUUGUUUCUUUUCUCUUUGUUAGCUAUGUCAUUACAUCAAAAUACUAAGUCUGCCUAAACAUGUUCAUUGUACAUUUCUCAGGCUAUCAAUGAACGGAGGUUUUUAAAAAGUUGAAUAUUUGUCUGAACAUUGUAUUUCAAAGUUCAAAAAAACAGAGGCUGUAAAAUUCAUUUUAUAAUGGCUAUUUUGUGAUGAUAAGAUGUAGUUCAUGUUUUUCUGUAGCACUGGGCCCAAAUAGUCUUUGUAAAGAAAAUCGCUGCAGCAAAAACUGUUACUGUGUUUAUUAUAUUUGUAGAAGUAUUAGAAAAAUAUUCUAUUUUUUAUUCAGUGCUACAUAAUUACCCAUGGUAGCCAACCCUACAAAAGACAGGUUUUCACAAAUUGAGGUGGAGGUGGGCAGUUCAGUAUCUGCCAUUGGACUUGAUCAUAAACCUCAUUUGAAUAUCAGUGGUAUUAUCUUUUAAGUUGUUAGCAGGUUACCAAGGUAUUCAUUAAAGAACUUGUAAUAUCAAAUUACUAUUUAUUCAUAACAAUUGAUUUGAUGCUAAUAAUAAUUUUCUUUAAACUGUACCAUUCAUUAUGUGGUAACUGUAUUGAACUUACUUUAUUUGGAUUUUAUUUUAAUGUGACUAGAUAUCACCACUUGAAAAAAUCAAUUUGUUCUUAGAACCUAGUUGAAAAUACCAGGAGACUGUUACAGAUGCCAAUUUUUUUUUUUUUUUUUUUUUUUUUUUUUUUUUUUUUUUUUUUGAGACAGAGUCUUGCUCUGUUACCCAGGCUGGAGUGCAGUGGUAUGAUCUCAGCUCACUGCAAGCUCUGCCUCCUGGGUUCACGCCAUUCUCCCGCCUCAGCUUCCCGAGUAGCUGGGACUACAGGUGCCUGCCACCAUGCCUGGCUAAUUUUGUUUUUGUAUUUUUAGUAGAGACGGGGUUUCACCGUGUUAGCCAAGAAGGUCUCAAUCUCCUGACCUUGUGAUCUGCCCGCCGCGGUCUCCCAAAGUGCUGGGAUUACAGGCUUGAGCCACCAUGCCUGGCCCAAAUAUUUUCUAUUCAGGAUGGUAUAACCUAACUGAUAAUAUGUAAUAAGGUUAAAUUUUUUUAUGAUGUGUUUUAUUUACAAAAUAUCAUACACUGCUGGUGUUAUCAUAUGAAAGGAAAUAAAGUCAAUUGAUAAUUGCCUCA